AUGUUACAACUCUCCCCCACUAAACUGGAUUCGUCCUCUAAAUCCCAACACAAACGUCACGAAGACAACAAAAAUCCAACCUCGCAAGGCCACCAGACUGGAGAUCCUCACCUAAUCCCCGAGACAUACGUAAAAUCCUAUGUCAUAAGCACGUUCCAAGACAUUUUCACUCCUAACUCAUCAUCCCAAACACACAAAACCACUUGUACUGUGGCCCACUUCCACCCACACAAAACCACUUGUACUGAGGCCCACUUCCACCCAGACAAGUCCACACCGGUCCGUACUGAGGCCCACUUGCACCCAGACGAAUCCGAAACCGCUUAUACUGAGACCUACUUGCACCUAGAUAAGCUACACCCAACUGAGGCCUACUUGCACCCAGAGAGUCUGCCAGAGAACCAAAGUCUCCAAAAACCAUGA